AUGGCGAACACCGUACAGCCUAAGGCUACAGCUAGGCUGGGCGCCUUUGGAACCUCGAAGGAGCUGCCUUGCAGUUAUAGUUGGAAGGGGAGUACCUGAACUUGAAGCCUCAGAGCUGUAGCCUGCCGGGUCUGUUCUGCUUUGGUUGCGACAUGGUUGUCCUUGAACAACUAGGGUUGGAAUGAGCUCCUGGACUGGUUAGGGUCAGGGUUUUUUUUUUGUGCUCGGCAAGAUGGUUGUGGCAGAAGCGGAAGGAUGUGCAGGAAGGGCAGCGGCUGAGCAUCGCGGGCUUGGAGGAGCUCAAAGGAUCAAGACGCAUGGCGCAGAUGCUUCUUGUGAGAGGCGGUUCUCGAAUCUGUAAAAGCCAACGCCGCGCUUCAAAGCCGGACCUGCUAACGGACUUCGAACCACCGCAACGGGGGCGCUUUGCUUUUCCGUUUCCUUCUCUAGAGGAGCUGAACCAGUUGCUCGAGACGCAGUCGGCACAUGUGCUUGCCACCAUGAGCGACAGGGGACCGGUCAACACCAAUCUGGGACCGGGCGUGGAUGGAGACACCCUUACCAGAGCUAUAGAUCCUGACCGGGGAGGCCCCCAAAAAACGCUCUACAAGCCUGUGGCCACAAAAGGUGUGGAGGCGCAGACCGUCUUUGCAUUCCUAGACCGGCCCCCAGUCGCUGCCCCCUCGCCGAUCGAGCCUCAUUUGCCGCUCCCCUCAGUGCUCACUAUGAGCAGGCCAUCGGAGCCACGUGCAAUGGAGUACCGUGUGAACGAGUCAGAGACGAGGGUUCCAAAAUGGAUGCAGAAGCCGCUUGAGGAGGCGCGGCCAGCCCCGGCGUUCAAUCUUGAGGAAGCCCCCCUGGAGGAGGAGGGCGCCGCUCGCGGAUUCGAGCGGUUUCAAGCAAGCUUGCGUGCAGAGAAUGAUGCAAGAGAGGGUGGCAGUGGGGGGUGGGCUGAAGUGCUCAAGAAUGUGGAUGGUGGGGGAGGCGGUCUUGCUGAGCAGUUGGACCCCCUGCUUGGGAAGGGGAGCUUGCCUGCGUGGCUGGCAUCGGAGAGGCCCAAAAGCAGCUCGGGGGGAAAGAACACCCCUGUUUUGCCUGAGGGGGCAGGCAAGAAAGGGGAGGUUGGGGGGGACAAGCUGGCGACUGCUGACGAGAGGCUGGAACGGCAACGGAUGCUGGCGAGGGAGCGAAGACAGAAGAUUGAGAGCCGGAAGGAGCGAAUCAACCAGCAGCGAGCUCAGGAACUGGAGAUCCGAAAGGCGCGGCAGAAGGGAUUUGCGGGGGAGGGCACGCAAAAGGAUCUGGACCGUGUUCCCUCCCCCUUGCCAGAGCCUCAACCCGUGACAGCGCUGUCAAACAUGACACCACGAGUGGAGGAGCUGGGUGCAGGGAGCCUACAAGUCUCCCCGCAGCUGGAAGCGGUGUCAAUGCAAGGCCGAGGGGCUGUGCUGGCCAGAGGUUUUGGGGGGGUGGCUGAUGAGUAUGGGCAGCGCCCCCCCACGGCGGAGAUUAUGCGCAGCCCCAAGAGCCUUGCUGAGAUUGGGGGGUCGCUCAUCACUGAGGAGGAGAGACUGGCCAUGCAGCAAACGAAGCUGGUGAUCGAGCGGCUGUUACAAGAACGGGGGGUGUUUCCGCCAGGCGAAUCUGCCCCCCUGGCACGGAGCCCUGAGAGGGCGCCAAGGCUCGGCCCGUCGCCCCCGCCCCCAGUCCGGGCGACGCCUGCUGAGAUCCGCUGGCAGGGUCUUGAUUCCCAAAGGCACCGGUUUGAUGGAGAGGGGCGGUUGGUAGAGCGAGAGGAGGAGGUUUCGCGAUUGCAACGGGUGCGGGGCUUCAGUGUGCAGUAUCCAGCGGGUGCAGGUCCAGCACUCCAAGAACCCGCUGCGCGGCUCGCCUUUGAGAGCCCACUGACGUCAGGGCCAACUUUCCGAGAACCUCCCGCCAGUCAAUGGCCGUCGGAGAAUGCAUUAAGGGCCGCGCUGGCUGCGCGCGCCGAGGGCCGCCGCUUGGCGCCCGAGCACUCCCCGAGACGCCCGUCGGAACGAGGGGGCGAGCUGGACCUCUCCCUUCAGCUAGGUUUGCCAGCGCAGGCCCCCCGUGCCCAGCCCCCCGCCGAGUCGCAAAGCUUGAAUAUCCACCAGCGGUUCCCGCGGGAAGUAGAAGCCGCGAUCCGCGCGCACUUGGAGAAAGUGCGCGCUGCGGGCGGACACCAGGUUCUGCUGGGGAGGCGGCCGGGGGGUUCGGCCGCGGCCGGAAGCUCGAGCACAAACAUCGCUAGAGAGCUGUCACCGCGUGUGUUACAGGACCAGCGCCCGAUUUUGCCCCCAGUAGCGGAGCUCCGUAGGCGGAGCCCCGAAGGAAAGCGGAAACGAGACGAUGUUGGCCUUGCAUCGGUCUCCAAGUCAAACAACGGGACGUUGGGCAAUUCGCAGGGGGAUAGUCCGAAGCCGGAAGGGAGAAAGUGGCUGUCCGCAGCUGCGGCGGAGAUUGAAGAUGCAGUCCUUGCUGAGCUCGAGCGAGAAACGAUGGGCGGAGGUGUGCGACAGCGGGGUUCGCUAGGUCAGAGGGAGCGGCAAUAGUUUGCUUGAGAAUGUUAGUCUUGGAGGUUGAAGAUGGAAUAGAGUUUACGUGCUGUGCGGAACAAAUGAGUAUGCGUUGCAGGCGACAAACGGAAAGAAUGUGCCUCAAGUGCAUGUCGGACAGAAUAAUAGUAACUAUUGCACGCUGUAAGUUAGAUGUGAAAUUGUGGUUCCCACAUAGAAAGCGCUGCAUGGCCGGCUCUUAUACUGAGAACGCCAGCAUUCUGCUGAACUGUAGAACUAG